AUGUCGUACGACGAGCGCUCCAAUGCGCGCCCUACUCUGGGUGAUGAGUCCGAUGUCGAGGAGGAGGCCUUGGUCAACGACUACCGCGAGCAAGUUCACUUUGACGAUGGAAUGAGCGACCUCGAACGUACCACUUCACUUGGUGGUGCGUCUCAGACCCAGGACCUUCAAGCACAACUUGCCGCGGCCGCGACCCCGCUCGAGUACCAGGCCACUUUGGAGACAAAAUUUGCCAGCUACGACAACUACUGCAGUCUGUUCCACUACAUUCUCAACUCGGAGGGUCCCGUUGAUUUGGAAGUUCCUUCGUACUACUGGGCCUGGGAUGUCAUCGAUGAGUUCAUCUACCAAUUUGAGUCCUUCUGCCGCUACCGCAACCGUGUGGCUCGCACCGGAUCCAACGAGGAGGAGGCCCAACUCCUCCGGGAGAACCCCAACACAUGGGGCUGUUACUCCGUUUUGAACGUGCUAUACUCUUUGAUCCAGAGAUCACAAAUCAACGAACAACUUGCUGCCAUCAAGCGCGGAGAAGACCCUUUGACUGUUGCUGGAGAAUAUGGCUCCCGUCCGUUGUACAAAAUGCUCGGAUACUUCUCCAUCAUCGGGUUGCUGCGCGUUCACUGCUUGCUCGGUGACUUCAGCCUUGCCCUCAAGACUCUCGAUGAUAUUGAGAUGAACAAGAAGGCCAUGUUCGCUCGUGUCAUGGCUGCUCAUUUCACAACCUACUACUACGUGGGUUUCUCCUAUAUGAUGAUGCGCCGCUACGCCGACGCCAUCCGUAUGUUCAGCCACAUCCUCGUCUAUGUGUCCCGAACAAAGAACUUCCAAAAGGGCAGCAGCCAGUACGAUGCCAUUACCAAGAAGAACGACCAGAUGUACGCUUUGAUCGCCAUCUGUGUCGCCUUCCACCCCACUCGUCUCGACGACACCAUUCACACUGCCCUCCGUGAGAAGUACGGUGAGCAAUUCCACCGCCUCCAACGCGGUGGACCCGAGGCCUUGCCUCUGUUCGAGGAACUCUUCCGCUCUGCAUGCCCCAAAUUCAUCAGCCCUACACCCCCCGAUUUUGACAACCCAGCCGUCAACAUCGACCCUGUCGACCACCACACCGCCAUCUUCAUGGACGAGGUCAAGAACACCCUCUUCAACCCCACCGUCAAGUCCUACUUGAAGCUCUACACGACCAUGGACUUGAGCAAGCUCGCUGGCUUCCUGGACGUUGAGCCCGAGAAGUUGCGCGCAUGGCUCCUUGUGAACAAGCAGCGCAGCCGUCAAAUUCGCUGGGUUGAAGGUGGCUUGUUGGAAGGCGAGGCUAUCACUGCUAGUGAUUUGGACUACGCCGUUGAGGGUGACCUCAUCCACAUCAGCGAAGCCAAGGCUGGCCGAAGACUUGUCGACUGGUACUUGCGUAACUUGACUCGCACUUACUAG